AAAAAUAUUUCUCACAGUAGGUAUAAGUGAUUUGAUUAAUAAAAUAACACUGUAUUUUUGGGAUCCAGAAACUGAAAAAUAGUUUGUUUUCGGAUUUACUGCGUGGCAUUUGAUAUGAGUUCAACAACUUAAAUAAAGAAAUCUUUAUGAGCAAUCAGUGCUGCGGUAACUGAAAGGAAUUAGAAUGUGUCAAAUGUCUGGUUGUCGUUGUGCAUCCCCCCCGCGACACAAGGAUUAAAUUCCUUGCGGGAGUCGUUUAAAAAAACUUACAGAAAAUAGCUAACUGACAUGAAAUUAAGUACUAUUAGUACUUAAAUAAUUAUGGUGAAAAAUGAAGUACCUACAUAGCAAUUUUUACCUUACGUUCUUACGCAUACACUGAUGAUGAACAAUACAUCCAUAAGUAGCUGCGAAUCUUCUUGGUAUCUCCUAACAUAGCUUAAACCAGUUAGGCUUUAAGUCCUUACGUAAGCAAUUAUACCGAAAAGAAAUAGGCUUAUAACUACAUAGAAGUAACACUUAAUUUUCAUAAAAAUGUGAUUUAAUUGGUUGGUACCGAAAAUAGUAGGGCAAUCCUAAUAAAUAUACGGGAGUAAAUCAUUGCAUCAAAUCAAAUUAUUGACUGUAAAAUAUAAUACUCAUGCAAGUAAUCUUAAUAAUUUAAGCCGAGGCCUCAUUCACGUUAAAUAUUUUUACUGCCUGACUAGACAUUGUCGGUUAUGACAUGAACGGUCAAUUUUGGACGAAAUGCUUCACCCAUAUAUCAAUACCUAAUGCCCAUAGAAUAUAAACUACUGUGCUGAACUUUAAUUUGUAAGGGAAAAAUGGCAGUGAUUUCGCACAAAACAAAAAACGCGUAAAUAAGAUCGGCAAUAAUCAGUGUAGGUACCUACUGUACGUACCUAAAAAUACUCACUGAAUUGAGAACCUUCUCCUUUAGAAGACAAAAGUUUAUUAUUUAGGUGUUUCCUCGGUGGUUUUGUGCAGUUGAAAAAAGGAGCGGUAGUAGGGGUACUCGAAAAUAAGACUUCUGCUCCUGUCCUAUUAGUAAACAAGCUUUUUAGUGAAAUACAACUUUUAUUCUGUAGUAUACCUACACACUACAAAUUACCUUAUUGUCUUACUCAGAUUAAGUUCAGAAAGUUUGACAUAAAAUUAAAAGAAAUGUCAUUGGAAAACAUUUGAAUUUCUACAAUGACAAGCUUUGUUAGUGUGAUGAUCAGUCAUUACUAAAACGUUAAAUUCUAGACCAUAUUAAUAAAUCCAAUGCUGUUAUAAUACAUGCAACAAUUUAUAAUGAUUAUAUAAUUCAAACCACAAAUUAAACCACGAAUAGUAUUAGUUAGUUUUUGUUAAUCGACUAACGACUUUUUAAAUCGAUAACCAACCGUCAUUUGAGCAGAAAGUUGAAUUCGACGUAUUGCACAUCACUAGUAAGUACUUAGCGCGAUCGGGAGGUGGAAGACCGUCUGUCGUAGAUUUUUCAAGAAAUCAUUUGUUAUUGUGCUUAUUUGCAGCAAAUUCUUCAAUGAAAAGAUUCUAAAUACUGGAAAAUAAACCUCAAAUUGUAUUCAGAACGGCUCAGAUAGUGUUAAAUCGCAGUUAAUCUGCAGUGUUUCAAUUGUUUUGAUGCCGUUCACCUAUAUUGAUUUAUCGUAUGCCAGUGACCUGUUUUUAGUAUUUGUAAUGUGUAACCCAUAAAUAAUUAAUAUUAUCAUCAGACGCAACAGUCAAGCUAAUUAGAAAUGGACUUUUGAUUAUAAAUUCUUUGUAAGAAAGCGUUAUGAGGUCGGGGUUUGUGAGAGUGGCGAGACUUCGCAAGAUUUUAGUUUAAAUAUUUAGUUUAAUAUUUGGACCGUUCCAAAGGAUUUUAUAUCGUAAUGGUGUGCAUGUUCCACAAUGAUGACGCCUAUUGAGGAGAAGAAAGAUGAAAAGAUUCGCACAGGCAUGGUGCAGGUCUCGGACGGCAAGUCCCGUCCGAGGCCGGCGCGGCUGGUGCUCACCAUGGACGCGGUGACCGUACAGCGCGAGGCCCCCGCGCCUGUGCAGCCCGCGAAGGACAAGAGCGUACCACACGCGAGGGAACGCAUGGUCCAGAUCACGCGGCAAAAGGUCGGUGGGCUGGGGCUGAGCAUAAAGGGAGGGGCGGAGCACAAACUGCCCAUCCUCAUCUCAAAGAUAUACAAGGAUCAGGCAGCCGACCAGACGGGACAGCUCUUUGUUGGGGAUGCUGUUAUUAAAGUUAACGGAGAGUACAUAACUGCGUGCAAGCACGACGACGCGGUGAACAUACUGCGUAACGCCGGUGAUAUUGUGGUGCUUACUGUUAAACAUUAUAGAGCCGCGACGCCUUUCUUACAGAAACAAGCGGACGGCGCGUCAGAUACAGAUAGCAGUACAGGCGAUGACCAUCCCUCUCUUCACAAUAAGACUGUUGACGCCAACUGUAAUAGUGAGAAAAACCCAGACCAGACCAAUGGAGGUUGGCAGUGCGCGUGGGAGGGCUGCGAGGGCAGCCGGCCCGGCAGCGCGGCGGGCUCCGCGCGCGGCUCGCGCCCAGCCUCCGCCGCCUCCGACCUGCCCGACCCCACCACCAUCACCACCAUCGCCACCACCAACACCAACGCCAAGGAGUGGCGGGACGUCGUCACCGUCCCCUUGAUGAUGGGUUAUGUGACGAGAUACGUUUUCGGCACGGAUAAAUUACGGCCAGGGGCGUUCGAGGUCCGCGGCGCGCGGCCGCACGUGACGACGGGCGUGGUCCACGCGGAGGACCCCGCCUCGCUGUCGCUGUGGCUCAAGAGCAUCUCCGACAACAUCGUGGGGCUCACCAACCUGCAGAUGAAGCUGUUCAACCGCCACUUUGGCGUGGGCGAGCGUAUCGAGUACAUGGGCUGGGUGCACGAGGGCGUGUUGCAGGCGCAGCAGCCGUGGCAGACCUACCGGCCCAAGUUCCUCGUGCUCAAGGGGACCGACGUCAUGCUGUUCGACGUGCCGCCGAUGAACAUAACGGAGCUAGCCAAGUGCCCGGAGACCCUGAAGGUGUACCAGACCAUGUUCCGCACGGUGAAGGAGAGCGAGACGGUGGACUGGCGCCAGCACUGCUUCCUGGUGCAGAGCAGCCUGGCGGGGCCCGCGGGGGCCGCCGCGCCCGGGCCCCGCUACUUCAGUACCGAGACCCGCCGCGACCUGCUGCGCGUCGACCAGGCCUGGACCGCCAACAUCGUCAACUCCGUCAUCAGGCUUGGGAAGAAGACGUUCACCGUGGUCCACAUGGGCCGCGCGGCGGGCCUGACGCUGGACUGGGCGUCCGGGUUCUCUCUCAGCGAGGGCACGCCCGGGGCCAAGCCCGUGUGGACCUACCGGUUUUCGCAACUUAGAGGGUCCAGUGACGACGGAAAAUCUAAAUUAAAAUUACACUUCCAAGACUCUGAAACUAAAGUUAUUGAGACUAAGGAGUUGGAGUGUCAGAUCCUGCAGAGCCUGUUGUUCUGCAUGCACGCGUUCCUCACGGCCAAGGUGGCUUCCGUGGACCCAGCCUUCCUCGCCUCCAUACAGCAAGCCAACUGAGGUCAGACAGCUAAGGCAACCCUCCUAUAUGUAGGUAAUAGUACCCUGUACCGUCGAGGCUGACCUAUUGAUUUAUAACACCAGGGCCCAAUUCUGCUAUUUACAAUGUCCGAUGAAUGAAUGAAAUUUAGCUUAAAAUGC